AGAGGCGCGGGGAGCGCGCUUGCUCACGCUCACGCUCACGCUCACGCCCUCUACAUUGGAGCCCCACACUCAAGCCCAUACCUCUGCGGGCGCGCGCGCCGCCACACGCUGGCGCACGCACCCGCAGCGGGCAAGCAGUGCCUUCUCCACUUCUAUCCCAGGGGUCCCCGACGCACGUACGAGUUUCCCUCGAAGGCUCUGCUGGCCGCCCCGCCCUGCCCGACCUCCGAACCCUGCGAGCCCGCCACUCCCUGUGCUGCAAGUUCCACCGGCCGAGUUCGUGAAGGCAGCGCACCGGAUCAGGCUCGACUCCACUCCACGCCUUUCCGGACGGCCUUGACCGCUGGCCUGGAGCUCUGGCGGUGAAGACAGAUCAAGCACUAGGUUGGCCGCCCGCUCUGCCCUGAAUCCCCCGUCCCCUGGCUGCCCCGGCUGCCCGUGUGCCCUCCAUCCACAGGGUCGGUCCUCAGCCUCCGGUGAGCCCCUGCUCUCCCUCCUUGCCCGGUCCGGACCUUCCCUGACGCCACUCACCAUGGCCUGUGGCCCAGUUCAGACCAGUGCAGGACCGAGGUCCCAACUGCUGCCACUGCUGCCAUUGCUUCUGGUGCUGCUCAGGAACGCGGGCGGCAGUCACACAGCCCCCUCCCGGUCCACAUGGCCCAUUGCCACCGAUGGCCUGGCCGGGGGCAAGGACCCUCAGAGGUUCCUGGGGGACAAGGCUGCCGCUCUGGGUCCUGGCGCCCAGGACGUGGUCACUGUCCACAUGCUUCGGCUUUAUGAGAAAUACAGCCGAAGGGGAGCGCGUCCUGGAGGGGGCAACACGGUCCGCAGCUUUAGGCCCCGGCUGGAAGUGGUCAACCAGAAGGCCCGGUAUUUCUUCAACCUGACUUCCAUGCAGGAUUCGGAAAUGAUCCUCACAGCCACAUUCCACUUCUACUCUGAGCCCUGGUGGCCCCAGGGUCAUAAGGUACCAUGCAAGCAGCGGGCCAAGAAUGCAUCCUGCCGCCUGCUGCCCCUAGGUCUGCCCGCACGCCAGAACCUGCUCUUCCAUAGCCUCUCACAGAACACAGCCACACAGGGGCUGUUCCGGGCGGCCAUGGCCCUAGCGCCUCCACCACGGGCCCUGUGGCAGACCAAGGACAUCUCCCCCAUAGUCAAGGCGGCCCGUCAGGAUGGUGAAUUGCUUCUCUCUGCCCAGCUAGAUUCUGGGGAGAAGGACCCUGGGGUGCCCAGGCCCAGCCCCUAUGAACCUUAUAUUCUCAUCUAUGCCAAUGACCUGGCCAUCUCAGAGCCCAACAGUGUGGCAGUGACACUGCAGAGAUAUGACCCCUUCCAGGCUGGAGACUGGGAACCUGGUGCAGCCCCCAACAGCUCCACAGAUCCCCGUGUCCGACGGGCCACACAGGCAACUGGGCCUUUCCAGGACAAUGAACUGCCAGGGCUGGACGAGAUGCCAGCACAAAUUCCUCGUGCCCAACACUACCACAAGCAUGCACUGUGGCCCAGCCCCUUUCGGACACUGAAGCUCCAGCCAGGGCGCAAGGACCGCAGGAAAAAGGGCCAGGAUGUGUUCGUGGCUUCAUCCCAGGUGCUGCACUUCGAUGAAAAGACAAUGCAGAAAGCCCGGAGGAAGCAGUGGGAUGAACCAAGGGUCUGUUCCCGGAGGUACCUAAAGGUGGACUUUGCAGACAUUGGGUGGAAUGAGUGGAUCAUCUCACCCAAAUCCUUCGAUGCUUACUACUGUGCAGGAGUGUGCGAGUUCCCCAUGCCCAAGAUCGUGCGCCCAUCCAAUCACGCCACCAUCCAGAGCAUUGUCAGGGCUGUGGGCAUCGUCCCAGGCAUCCCAGAGCCCUGCUGCGUUCCUGACAAGAUGAACUCCCUUGGGGUCCUCUUUCUGGAUGAGAACCAUAAUGUGGUUUUGAAGGUGUACCCCAACAUGUCUGUGGAGACCUGUGCCUGCCGGUAAGACCACUGCUCCAGAGUGGAAGGAAAUCUUCACCCCAUGGUCUGUGGGGUAACAUCCCUGGAGCCCUGGAGUGAGAGCUUCACUAAGGGGUACAGCUGCAAAGGCAGGACAGAACUCACAGACAACCUUGCUGCAUCCCAGGAGGAUCUGUCCUCCAGGCCAUCAUUCUGGGGUUUUUAUUGCUGGUGACUGAGCCCUUAAAAUUCCAGCUUGAACCUCCUGAAGGAAUCUGAAAAUUAGCCCUGGCAUGAAGGCUGUCCAUCCCAUCUGCCCUGUAGGCCUGCAAACCAAAUGUGUCUACACUGUUGGCUUUUGUGAUCAUCAUCUGAUGACCUUCAAAGAAGACUGCACACCUGAUGACACUUGCUCCUUUUAUUUAAACAUUUAAGACACUUUGAGCCACAUAUUGGUACUGGCAGUAAGGGCCUAAAUAAUGAUAAAAAUGAUUUUUUUCAAACUUCACUGCAAAGCUUUUAGACAUACAAUAUGAACCUAUAACCAAUUUUGGCUUCUUUUUCUUAAUAUAUAUUUUAUUUUAAAACAAAAAUGGGGGUUGUAAUCAUUCUCCACAGAAUUAAUCUUGCUAGUUAAGUGUGCAUUGUUUAAACAUGCUUAUUGAAAUAACAUGUGCAGUAAUAUCUUGCAAUACUAAAAAAUAAUCAAGAUUAUUUAUAUUUUAAUAAAUUAUACUUUCUAUACUGUAGCUUGUGUAUGUUAUGUGUUUUUAUGGAAAGCUAAUAAAUUAAAGGUACAAUGGUAUCUUGAAAACUGAAUGUCACCCAUUCCAAAAUACUGAUGGAUCCUAUCUAUAAGCAUACCAUCUGGGUAGCUUCUGGGUACACAGCCUCCUUUAGGAUCAACUGAGGCCCUUCUAGGCCAUCUCUACAUCCUUAUCUCUGCUCCAAACUCCAGAAACCAGCCGAUAUGUUGCCAUUCAGAGUCCUGCCUACCCUCUCUCAUCCAGGUGGAACAGUCGCCUCACAGAGCUUCCUCACAUUAGCCUCAGAGGGGCCAGUGAAUGAUUGGAAGGGGUCUGAGCUAUUAAAGGGAACAGUUCUGGUUGCCUGGACACACACUUUUUACUUGGGGUAUUUCAAACAGGAGAUUCAGCAUAAAUGGUCCCAGUUUUUCCUGCAUGCAAGAAAAGCUCCCUAGGGACUGGAAUGUAUGCUCUUCUGUGUGCAUGUUUGUAGAAAGGCUACCUUGUUUACUCAUCAUCAACCCAACCCAAAGUAGCCUCCCCCAAAGUCUCCCUUGUCUCUAAGUUUCUAUUGGCUUAUAGCUGUAGUGCCUGAAGUUGACUGACAGGCAUUUUGGGAAGAGAAUCUGGGUGUGUAGAAGUGGUUUGGCUGGGACCUGAAAGGAUGACAAGGCUCCCAGUCUUACUUGGAGGAUAUUGAGAAGCUGGGAGCUCCUGGAAAGGACUUAAAAAAAGAAAAGAAGCCCAAGGUGCCUGUCAUAGGUUGGGCUUCUGAGAUCAGAGUUCCUACACAGGGAUAUCUGAGAAAGUUCUCCCAGGAGAAACAGGUAUGGAAUAGGUACAGCAGGACUGAAGAGCAAGAAGCCAAGCAUCCCAGCCUCAUCUAGAUCCUCUGGGGAGCUCUGGAACUUAAUUACAAUUUGGGGUUAAUAUGGCCUUGACAAGGGAGCUAGAUGUUCAAACCCUCCCCAGGGUCUCAGGCUGCCACAGAGGAACCAGGGCAGAGAGGAACAGAAACUCCCAGGUCUCUGACCCUCUGCACAGGCAGCCAAGGUAGCUCUAGAAGCCCAGGCAGCCUUUGAAGAAAGCUGCAGUGGCAGCUACUGGAUGCAAAGCGACUGACAAGAGAGUACCCAGAACAGAUAAGCAGGGGGUUCUGGGGUACUCCAAAUGGUCCUGGAACAUGUGUGUGAACAGCUGGGCACAUGGCCCUGCCUCUUGGUAGAGAUCGGGUGAAAUGAGGGGAGUGAUUCUUAUUCUUGCAGGAAUUGCACUGGGAUUAAUCAUUCAUUUCAAGUAGCUAUGAAUUGCUGGGAUGUUUCAUAUGGGCCUGCUAACUUAGGGCAUGGUUUGUCAUGUCUAAUCCUUUUUGGAAGAUGACAGGAUAUAAGUUAGUAGAAAAAUAAGUACAAGAUACUGGAGCUUGAUAAAGCUCCAAAUACCUUAAUACCUCAAUAUCAGAUUCCUUAUUUUUUCUUUUUCCCUUCAAUUUUCUCUCAUUGAACUCCCUUUCCAUUACUUGGUGAAAAUGGGGUGUCCUAUAAUAGCCCUAUCUUAUUCUUUCUGACAUUUGCCAUUUCUGGGAUAUCUUCUGAGUCACCCUAAAAGCCUAGAACUCCUGUUUUAUUUCUGGAUUAUGAGGGUGAGGGAACAGGCUGGGAGGGUCACCCCAGGGUCCAUCCAUGGGCAGGGUGAUGGAUGGUAUUCAGGGGUGAUGGCUUUGCAGUUUGGUGGAAGGAGCUAGUGUCCUCAGUGACCCCUUAUAGUCAUAAAGCACCAUGUAGUUUAUAUGUAGUAUCUCGUUCAGCUUCACAAUAACCUUGCAACUCACUACCCAAAUGGUGUCUCAGAAAAACAGGCUCAGCAUGGGUAAUAUGGCCACCCAUGUCUUACCAAGACCAAGAGCAAUGCUAACUUAGACACCCAAGGUCCCCUGAUUCUGAUGCUGCCUUCAAGCCUCCUGGCCGGUGACCUCACUACCAGCCUAUUAGGGUUGUCCCGAUGGCACUGAAUGACCUCACAGUAAAGCAAGGUUUAGAAAGAAAUCUAUGUAUGAAAUAGUUUUUUUCCCUUAAAAUCAAAAUAUCAGUAUCACAUUGUCACAAGAGCAAGGGGUUCCAGCACACAGCCCAGGUAUGCAUGUGCCCCUGAGGUCGCUCAACUGGGUCUGUGUUAGUCUGUAAAGAACACUGUGGUGGCCUGCCAGUGGGCCCUAUUCCUGAAGUGAUGCAUCCUCUGAAAGGGUAAGGCCUUAUUAGAUUAGUCUAUGUGACAAGUAUAAACAGUACAACUGACAGCCAGAAAAUUUAAGGUGGGGAGAAAACAUAGGAAAACUGAUACAACCAUUUUAUUGAACAAGUGGGAAAAAUGAGCCGAGACACUACCAGGUACUUUGCCUGAGUUGUCCUAGUGGGUGCUUCUCUAUGUCUAAUUCAUUCAUAAAAUGUCAUCAUAUCCAUAGCAUAUCACUAAUGCUUCUUCUCUGGCCUGAGUAGAGUCAAGGUCAUGCUGGAGGAGUCUACAGCAGUCUGGGGUAGGGUGGGAAGACAUGAGGAGGGGACUCCAGGGAAUGGAGAUGGCUCUGCCAGGAUGGAAGUGCUGGACUUGUCUGAUGGCAUAAAGACAUUGCAGGUAUCAUUUGUGUAAAAUGCAUUUGAUAACACCUAUGCCAAGGAGGCCUGGGGCAGGGGUAUUGGUAGGAAAACCAGAAGGGCAGAACCAUCUCUGAGUGUAAAUUGUGCACCAAAACAUUGAAGUUACAGUUCAAGGCUAUUUCCUUUCACUAAAGCUAGAAACAUAAAAUCUUUCCCUGGUAAACUGAUACUCCUGAGAUUUCUGUUCCCCUUUUCUCUUCUCCCUGAGAUAAUAAUGCUUGUUUAAGCUUUGGUCCACUUUUCCUUCUUACUCAGGUCUAAUUCAAUCCCAAAUUCUUCCAAUCUCUCCCAGCAGUCCUGGUUGUAUGAGUAGGGGAUGGGUGAGAAGAGGAAUGGGCUUAUUUAUUUAUUCACUUCUUUAGCACCAACUAAGUGCCAAAUACCAUACUAGGUAAUAUCUACUACUUUAUUUCUUGGCAGGCUCAUACAAAUUUCCUGUUUUAUCAAAACCACUGUAUGUCAGAAUCACCAGGUUACUGGGCUUUGUCCCUAGAGUUUCUGACUCAGGACAGGAUUUUCAUUUUUAACCAGUUCUCACAUGCUGCUCUGCUGGUGGUGGUCCAGGGACCACACCUUAAGACCCACUGUGCUAAUAAAUGUGCUAGCCACCUGGGAACAGUCCUGAGACAGGGAGUUUAUCUUGGCUGAGAACUUACCCUGUGCCAAAUGGAAAGAGGAUCUCAGUGAGGCUAGGCUUGAGCCUGGGAAGUGACCACCCCCCUGCUCUCCCUGGCUCAGGCAUUCUCCUUACAACCUCUAGGUGGUGCCAGUUUUUAUUCCUCUGAGAGAUGUGUCAAUGAGUGUGGAACUUGAGAAGCUCACAGAGGGACUGGUGUGUUUUCCUAUGUAAUCAGGCCUCCUAGGACAGAAGGAGUUCCUAACCCGCUAGAGGUAGCUGUAUCACAGAAAGUCAGGCAGAUUAUGUCCCAUCUCCAUAAAUGAAGGUUGAUGUCAAUGUCUGCUGGAGGAAAGAGCUUCAGCAAUCCUUGAAAUAAAUGGAUGUGGUCAAUCUGCCUUUCUUAAUCAUUAAAUUAUACUUCUCCUAUAACAAUUGCACAUGAUGACAGAAGUUUUAGUUAAAAAUUAUAACAACACAGUAAUGCCUAACUGGGCAUCACAUAUAGACAGGAACAAGGCUGAGUUGGCAAUCACGAGUCAACUGACCAACACACCCUGUGGAACACUCUGAUGUGUUCAAGGAUACAUACAAAAAUGAGCAUGGAGGCCUUCCCAGAAGGAGCCUCAGCUUUUCUGUGAAUGCAGGGCUGUCUCAAUGGGCACACCAAAUUGCAAGAAGGAUGUGCUAACUGAAGCCAACAGCAGACAGCAGUCCUAGGGUCCUUUAUAGUGGUUGCCAGACAAAUCUAACAAAUUUCAUUACUCAAAACACACAGGCUGCAUGGUGGAAGGGGGUACUGAGCAGAAACUGAGGGGCAGGCAGGAUUAGCCUAGCUGACAACAGAGAGGAGGGGAGCAUGAGCCAUCCAUAACUGAGGGCAGAAGGAAAGACAGAGCUGUCGCAGGGGUGACAGAAAAGUAACCAAAAGAUCCUAUUUCACAUUGACUAGAGCAAUAAAGAGUGCUUCCAGAAAAACACCAGCCAUCUGUGGACCUCUCUGGUGCCCUCCCUGGACACAGUGUGCCACCAAAUAAAAUACCUGAGCAUUGUCCUAGCCAGACAGGGUGAGAGGUGCUACUGCUAUACCUUCUAGAAGGCUGAAGUCCAGAUAUUGGUGUGGCUCAUCAAAAUGUGGGGAAAAAUUAGUCCUGCUCAGCUAGCCAUGCAAAUAAGCAUAUUUGUGUGUAUCAAAUGACUAAACACUAGAGCACUUCUGGUGGGGGGUGGUAGACAGGUGCUCUCAGGCUCCGCUAAUGGGAGUGAUUAUUAAAACAGUGGUUCUGGAAAGCAACUUCGCAAUGUUUACCAAGAGGUUUGAGAACAUUUACAUAUACUUUGCUGUAGAU